GAGAUUCUGCCAUGUUUAGUUGCGUUGUUGUCACGAAAGGGAUAUUUGCUGGUUUUACAAAUGGCGUCAGCUGAAAUAUAUCAGUACUUUGUUGAACUGGAAAACUUUUUUGCAACAGCUGGUAAUACUCCAAGUGACAUUGAUAGUUUAGAACGUAGACUGCGUCACAUUGAGGAUCAUAGUUCCAUUAUUGGAACAUUUUUAUUGCUCAUGAGCAAUGCUCAACAAAACCUUGCUGAGCGUAUUUUGUGCGUCCAUCUUGAAGGAAUUUACGAAUCUCUCAGAGAGAUGUCAGCUGAUAUAACGAUACGAAUCGAAGCUACUGAUGAAGGUGAUGCAGCGAGCUCUGCGUUUCAGAGAGGAAGACCAAGGCAAGUGAUAAAAAAUAGUAGGCAGGAGGCUUAUGAAGUGGAAAACUCUUCAUCUCCAUUAUAGCAUUACAGUUAAUGUCAAUUAGUCAAUAAAUGCAUUUUUUUCUUUUUGCUUUUCAAGGUACAACAUUUCAUCCGUUCUGCUGAUUUACAUGCGGGAUUUAGGAUUUACUUGGGCAGCCAUAUCUAGAAUGUUGUCUGUAAAUAAUCGAACACUGUACAACCAUAGACUCCAACUUGGUUUGGUGGAUUAUGGCAAUUUUGCCAACAUUGCAGACGAUGAUCUUGAUCGUCUUAUUGCUGAGGUACUGAGUCAAACCCCUGGCUCAGGAGAGACAUAUGUUACCGGCAGUUUGAGAGGGAGAGGGAUCAGAGUUCAGCGAUGGAGAGUACGAGAGCGUCUGAGAAUAGCUGAUCCAGUGGGAAGAGCCUUAAGAGGACGAAGAGCAAUUCAACGGAGGGUCUACAAUAUCUCUGUCCCAAAUCAAGUAUGGCAUGUUGACACAAAUCACAAACUAAAUCCAUGGGGAUUCGUAUUUCAUGGAGGAAUUGAUGGCUAUAGUCGCUGCAUUACCUAUCUGAGAUGUUGCACAGACAACAGAGCAUCAACUGCCUUGCAACUUUUCCAGGUUGCAGUUGAUCUAUUUGGACUCCCACAUCAUGUCAGGGGUGAUGCUGGUAGGGAGAAUGUUGAUAUUGCAAGAUUUAUGAUCGAGAACAGAGGGGCAAACAGAGGAAGUUUUAUGGUUGGACGUAGUGUUCACAAUCAAAGAAUCGAAAGAUUGUGGGGGGAACUGAAUAGAGUGGUGUCAGCAUACUUUAAAGACCUCUUCAUUUUUAUGGAAAAUGUUGCAGUGCUGGACAGCACUGACCCAGUUCACAUUAGGGCCCUUCACCAUGUUUACCUCCCAAGAAUAAAUAGAUCUGUAGAUGAAUUUGUUACCCAGUGGAACCACCACAGCUUAAGAACAAUGGAAGGUAACUCACCACUGCAACUAUGGACCACUGGAAUGCUCUGGCUUCAUGAAGAUCAAACACUCAAUCAUGUACAUGUGCAACAACAACAACAAUGGCAUCAUCAGCAUCAAUGGAAUGCUGAGUUGGGGCACACUAAUCCUUUGAAUGAUGAUGGAAAUCAUGGGAUAGAACUUUUUUUGACAGCAUGUCACCUGCUUCAAAUGAAUAGUUAGUCUAAGUAAUGUUGUUGGAGUUCAUAAUAUAAAGGUGGUGACAGAGCACUGUCCUAAUGUUGUGAAAACUCCAGAACCCAGUGCUAUUUUCUCCAGGAUUCAAUUUGAAGAGACUAGUUUAUUGUAUGCGGACUCAUUUAAAGCACCCGUGUGGACAAAGCUGUAGCUCUUGGCUCUAGCAGAUCUUGACCUUAACAUGUGUAAUUACUGUUUUUGUAGCAAAAUCUCAUCCUGUUCUCAUUAAAUUGUUCAUUGCAUCACUUACUGGAAAAUCUUUGCAGUGAAAAUUGUCAAUGAUUUUUUCUUCAAUAUGCUGUCUACUCCCUUCAUCUGACAUCUGCAAGAGAAGUUCUUAGUUAUUCCUGUAAAGUAUCAUUACUGCAAAAUGUGCACUGCAGUUUCAUUACAUGGUGUACUAAUUUAUCCCUUUUAGUGAAAAUGAACCUUGUAUUGUUCAUAUUUUCAAAUAAAAUACAUGUUUUUUGUCAGUUUGUCAACAUUGUUACAGAGAAAUGUG